CGCAAAUUCGUGGAUCGCUCCGCUGAGUCUGUUCGUCAAAGCCGCCUCCGCCGCCGCCCCCUGUCCCGGCCCCCCCCUGGGUUCCCUCAGCCCAGCUCGGUCCAGCCCGGUUCUCGGGAGAAUGAAGUUCGUGUACAAAGAGGAGCAUCCGUUCGAGAAGCGCCGCUCUGAGGGCGAGAAAAUCCGAAAGAAAUACCCAGACCGGGUUCCGGUGAUAGUGGAAAAAGCUCCCAAAGCUCGGAUAGGAGAUCUGGACAAAAAGAAAUACCUGGUGCCUUCUGAUCUUACAGUUGGUCAAUUCUACUUCUUGAUCCGGAAGCGAAUUCAUCUCCGUGCUGAAGAUGCCUUGUUUUUCUUUGUCAACAAUGUCAUUCCACCCACCAGUGCCACGAUGGGUCAGCUGUACCAGGAACACCAUGAAGAAGACUUCUUUCUAUACAUUGCCUACAGUGAUGAAAGCGUCUACGGUCUGUGAAGCUGCUGUACCUGAGGUGGGGGUCCAUUCUACAAAGAGAGGUGGCGCUCCUUCCUUAACAUCCAGUUCCUCCUUCAGGCUCAAACACCAUCUCCUUUCUUCAGGACCUGCACUUAAUGUUUGAGGCUGCCUCUCCAGCCCCUCUCAGCGGGAGGGGUAAUGGCAGAUACAGCCCUGUACUUCUCUCUCUCCCCUUGUUUUCCCUCCAUUCCAACUCUGCUUUAGACUUCCUGAUUGUCAGUCUGUCACAUCCGAUGAUUGUUUUGGUUUCUAUUCCCUUUCUAACUGCCCACUGGGCUCAGAACCCCAAUAAUCUUUCCUUUCACUACCUUCUUUUUGGGGGGUAGAUGGAAGGGAUUGACAUUGGGUGGGGAGGUAGGAGGCACAUCAAUAAAGAGGAAACCACCGAGCUGAAUUGAA